AUGAGCUUCCGGCGCAGUGGGGGACUUCUCCCCCGCAACUUUCGGCCUUGUCUACCCCAGAAUCACCUCCGCAUUCGCUCCACUCCGCCGCUGUUGUCUCGGAAAUUCCAUGCCAGCUCCCUGCUAUGGGGAAUUAAGUCACAAAUGUUGAAAGAUGUUGGUGAAGGUAUCACCGAGGUCCAGAUUAUUCAGUGGUAUGUGGAGGAGGGGGCACAUAUUGAGGAGUGGAAACCUCUAUGUCAGUAUCAAUCUGAUAAGGCUGUUGAUGAUAUUACAUCGAGAUAUGAGGGUGUUAUCAAGAAGCUUCAUUUCGAUGCUGACGACACAGUACCCACGGGGAGAGCACUCUGUGAUAUCGAGGUUCCAGAUGGCAAAUACCCCGAUGAUAACCCUCCGCACCAGCCUAGAGCGGAUCCACCAGCCCCAGAUCUUGUUGUAGCUGCAACCCAAGCAGCCGAAUCCUCCCAAAUAGCUCCUCCUCCUUCUACGCAAGAGGUUGAGGUAGCGCCAAAAUCAAAGCAUGCAAACCUCGCCGUGCCAGCCGUACGCGGUCUACUAAAAAGCCAUGGCGUGGACAUCGUCCAAGUAAACGGGACAGGCAAAGAAGGCCGAGUAACGAAACAAGACGUGCUCGACUUUGUCGCAGAAAGAGACUCCCCGUCCGAAUUAAGCCAAAUUCCUCCCCAAGCCUCUACGUCACCAGACACAAGACAAAUAGAGUCAAUCACCAACCUGACCCCGAUGCAAUCCCAAAUGUUCAAGACAAUGACGCGGUCCCUGAACAUCCCGCACUUCCUCUACGCCGAUGAACUCAAGGUCAACGAUAUCACAGCCAUGCGCAAGAAGCUCGCCAGUGACUCUCGCGAUCCCAAGAAAAUCACCUUUCUCCCCUUCGUCGUCAAAGCCGUUUCCCUCGCCCUGGCAGACUACCCAAUUCUCAACUCCAAGGUUGACGUCAGCGACCCCAACAAGCCAAAGCUAGUAAUGCGCGCCAAGCACAAUAUCGGCAUCGCAAUGGACACACCAAGUGGACUCAUCGUCCCGAAUAUAAAGGACGUCGCCAGCCGCUCGAUCGUCGAUAUCGCCGCUGAGAUCGCGCGGCUUAGUGCUCUUGGCCAAAGUGGGAAACUGACACCCGCUGAUCUGAGUGGUGGGACAAUCACCGUUUCAAAUAUUGGAAACAUCGGCGGCACGUACGUCGCGCCGGUCAUUGUGUCGAGUGAGGUUGCUAUCCUUGGUGUUGGUCGAUCAAGGGCUGUUCCGGUCUUCGAUGAGGCUGGCCAGGUUACGCGUGGGGACAUGGUUAACUUUAGUUGGAGUGCGGAUCAUCGUGUCAUUGAUGGGGCGACUAUGGCGAGAAUGGGCAAUCGCGUUCGCGAGCUGGUUGAAUCUCCUGAGCUCAUGCUUCUGAAUCUGCGGUGA